AUGUCCGACGACGCCGACGACGUCGCCGCGAAGGAGGCCGCGGCGCUCUUCAAGAUCCACGGCGUCGACCAGCGCUCGCCGUCGCUGACGUUCGAGCACGCCGCGCUCGGGGACGGCGUCGUCGUCGCCGUGCGCCAGGACGGCAGCACGAGCAGGUCGUUCCUCCCGGGCACGAGCACGGUCAUCUGGCCGUGCGCGUACACCCUCGCGGACAUCCUGUGCGACGCGACGGCGGCGUGGAGGAGGACGAGAGAGGAAGAGGAGUGCGCGUCCGUCGUCGGCGGCGUCGACGGCGACGCGGCCGCGAUCGACGCGGCGACCGACGGCGCGGUGACGCCGCACACCGUCGUCGUCGAGCUCGGCGCGGGGCUCGGACUCGCGGGGCUCGCGUGCGCGGCGCUGGGGGCGAAGCGCGUGGCCAUCACGGACGCGACGACCGCGGCGGCGGAGCGGAACGUUCGCGCGUCCGGGCUCGAGAACGCGACCGUGCACGAGCUGUGGUGGCGACGCGCGGGGUGGAGGCGGCGGCGGGGGAGGGGCGCGGCGGCGGCGCCGGCGACGGCGGACGAAUCGAAAUCGAAAUCGAAAUCGGAAUCGGAAUCGGAAUCGGAAUCCGAGUCGGACGUGGACGAGGAGCCGGAGGGGACGCCGACCGCGGCGGAGGUCGCGGAGGCGCUGCUGAAGACGCUCCCGGGCGGUGAGGCGCCGCACAUGAUCAUAGGCAGCGACGUGUGCUACUCGCAGAGCAGAGGGGAGAUGCAGAUGUUGGCGGACACGAUGUCGGCGCUCGCGGCGCCGGGGCGGACGAAGAUUUUCGUCGUCUUCGAGGACCGCGGCGACUGCUGCUGGGGAACGUUGAAUCACUUCUGGGUCGCCGCGGAGAAGGCUGGGCUGGAGGGGGACCCGACGCCGGUGGAUGAGCUGAAGACGCGCGCGGGAGAGGGGAGGCACAACGACAGCGAGCGGCUGUUGUUGACGUUGACGAAGCGCGCGUCGGUGUAA